UAUCAAUCGUCACACCACUGUCACGCGAUACCCAAAAUUAUACUAAACUCUUUAAAAAUGUACAAAAUCUUACUUUCAUUUUUAUUUACAACUGCUUAUUGUGCUAGUUAUCAAAGAUAUGGCGAAACAAAUCAGUACUCUAGUUAUACGACCAUGUCAAAUCCUUAUAACCAAAAUCAAUAUCCUUAUAGAACGAGUUAUAGCAGUGAUAUAGCCCAGUUCUCUGACGUUACUAGACAGCCGAAUUAUAAUUUUGGAUACUCGACUACAAGACCUGAUAUAUAUAAUCCCCUUAAUUCGGGUAGUGUUUACCAAAAGUCGGCUUAUACAACUCCUAAUUACGGGUAUGGGCAAGGCUAUUACGGCCAAAAUUAUGGUUCAGGGAUGACUCCAUACGAGAUGCCUUUUAUGAAAUAUAAUAAUAAUAAUAAUGAGUACUGUGUCAAUCGAUCACCGCAGAACGGGAUUUAUGUAAACAGUUUGACGGGUAUGUGGUAUGGUGUUGAAUUUAUCCAUCACCUAGGCGGUGAUUCACGGCUCGAUUAUGGGAAUACUUGCAUUGUUAUACAUAUUUCGGAGCCCCAUGAUAAGCCCUCUACGGAGAAUCAGCUGUACCACGUGCAACAUCUCAAGGAGAAGUUUCUGCGGGAAAACCGUCACUUGCGGUUGUUGUGGGACGAAGCCGGGCAGACUAUUGAGUACUCACUGUUCUUCCGUAACGACUCUGCCGGCUAUUGGCAAGUUUAUGACGAACAAAAUGGAACGUUAGCGUCCCGACCAUCAUAUAUGCAUUUCAAUGGAGCGGUUCAGGUUUUGAAGGCUGUAAACGACCAUUUGGUUCUUAAUUUCUGCCAAAAGGCGUCCAACGGUGUACCGGCGCAGUUGUAUACUGUAUUAUUUUCAAGGGAGCCAGGUUCAAUGGCCAGAUGGGAGAUCGAAGCUGUGCAUGCCAUGCUACAAAAUAAAAAUCUGUCGGUUGCUUCCAGGCGGAUGGUAUGUGGCAACAGUGCUGGAAAACUAACUAUAAGCCUAUUUUACACUUUUAUUUCAUGUUUAAUGGUAUAUAUCAUUCGUUCAUCAUAAGAAUAGCAUCACUUAAAUGAAUAAACUUAAUACAAAGCGACAAGACUAAAAAAUUAUCUUUAUACGAAUA